CAACAUUUUUCUAUGGGAGUAUGUUGAAGAAGGCUGGAUACGUAAAUAACGAGUUAAUUCACAUUGUCGAUUUGCAUAAAACAAUAAUUGAAUUGGCUGGAGCUACAACUGAGUCUGAUAUUGAUGGUAUGGAUAUGUGGAAGACAAUCUCAAAAGGUGAACCAUCGCCAAGAACGGAAUUUGUAUAUAAUAUCGAUGAUAACGAGUUGUCCCCUGGUGCUGCCAUCAGGGUCGGGGAUUAUAAACUCAUUACAGGACAUCCGGAUUUAAUGUAUCCAUUUCGAUUGUUGAACAGAUCAGAUGAUUGGUACAACUAUGGUGACGAACCUAUUAGCGGGAUUCUCCUUCCUCCAACUGGAAAUGAACCACCCCCAGCAAACGUGACAUACUUGUUCAAUAUCAUAGAUGAUCCUGAAGAAAGAAAUAACCUCGCGGACGUUUAUCCAAACAAAGUAGAAGAGUUACGCCAUCGCUUGGACGAAUACCGUGAACAUCUAGUCCCACCAGAGAGCCGAAUUUUUGACCCAUCCGGUGACGCCGUGAAUUUUGGUGGCGUUUGGUCGCCUGGCUGGUGUUAGAGAUAAUGAUGCAUAUAUCCCAAGCAUGCUACCCAAACCUAUUAUAUUAUUAUAUUACGUGUUAUCACUGCCAGUCUCAUAAAGCACGCUUAGAGUGUCGUUGUUGUACCUA